GUGAAUUUCUGAUAUUCAUUUGUUUGAAUCAAUUGUGAAUCAACCCAGUUGUCUUGAGAAAACUAUCCAAGUAAUAUGCAAUUUACUGAGUGGAAAUAUGGAACAAGAGGAACAGGUGCAUCAGGUUUGCUCCAACCAGGUUAUCAACAAUACCCUGGAAAUGUUCAAUACCACAAUAAUGUUUAUCAAUCCAACAAUCCCAAUCAAGGAAAAUAUAAAUUUGGGUGUCUAAUAGAUCAGGAUCAGAAGAAUCAUGGAUAUGAAGGAUGUGAUUCUGUAGUAAUGCGGCCCAUCACCAAUUCAAAUCAAAUCAAACCCUCACAUGCAACUGCAACACGGCAAACUGAGGCAAAUCGAGUAACCAAAUUUAUUCUACCCUUUGAAAAGGAUCAAAAUCCAAACGUUUAUGUUGAUACCAGUCCCAUGUCCAAUUGCAACAGUAAUCAGAUGGUCCCAAUUUUUCAAAGUACAAACGGAUAUAAUGGAAUGGGUAAAAUGAGCAGCAGAAAACACUAUCUGCAGGCUAUUUCGGACCCACCAGCUAAUCAAUAUAAUUCAAGUUUGAUGGUACCACCUUUACCUAAUACAAGAAGAAACGUCUGUGAAAGGCACAAAACAUCUGAUGAAUCAGCUACAGGUUUACAGCUUUCAACACCUCCACGUUCAAGGCCUGUAUCUUCAGUCCCUAGAGAAAUGAAGACCGAAAGUAUGCUAUCACUGGUACCAGACGACACCCAGUAUACUGGUGGAAUUAGUAAUUUGAAUUGCAAGAUUUUUGGGAGCUCUGUUGGAGAAAAAAUAUUCGUAUUCACAGGAUCAGUUGAAAAAGUCAUGAAAUGGAAUAAGAUUUUUCGAAAUCAUUUUUGCUUCUUUGAAGUAAUUGCUUCCAUUGUAUCAAUUCAAGAGGGAUCAGUAAAAACUCAAAAAGUGAUGUUGCUUCGUGAUAAAAAAGGACCUGUGCUACAAGUGGUUUAUUACCGAUCUACUCAUCUCGAUUUAAGAGAUUUUUACAUUGGACAAAUGAUAAGAUGUAUUGGGAGAAUGAGUGGACAAAAUGUGUUGAAUGCCGAAAGUAUAAGAUGUGCUUCUCCAGAGGAGGUUGAUAAUUUACAAAGGCUUUGCCUGGUUUGUGAUCAAGCAGUUUCACACUAUCUUAACGUUUGAGUUUUUUAAUUUCUUUUGGUUAUUCUUUGUAAGAGUUAAAAAUUUAAAUCAUGCUUUAGAUUAAAGUCA